CAGUAAAAUAAUCUUUAAUUUUCCUAAAAUGCAACAGGUAAAUAAUAUAGAUAUGGACAAAGAACAGUUGGGACUCAUGCAAAUGUUGUGGCAUGAAUAUCAACCGGUUGUGGAUAAAAUAUUUAAGAAAGCAGAAUGUGCAUCAGAAAUGCAAGAACAUUUACCUUUUGAGCUGCAAGCGUUGUUGCGUGAUUUCCAGCAACGAUUGCUAACUGAGAAUAUAGAGGAGCGAGCACUUCAGCAAUUGUAUUGCAAAGUGCUAUUGCAUUUGUAUAGAAUAUUACAGCAGCAGGACAGCCAAAGUCAGUUGCAUCUACAGAGGUUUUUACAGUUUCACAAGAUGCUAGAUGCUAAGCCGAGGAUAAUGAGCUCGAGGCAAGCUCUACUAUCCGAAACCAGUAGUCUUAGCCACUAAACUUGAGGGUUUUAUACAAGAGCCGCAGGUGGGAUACAGUUUGGCUGCUGUAAAGCAUUGCAAGUGGAGUCUGGAGCAAGCGCAGCAGGGAUUUGCGGACUGGCAGCGAAAACAGCAGCAACCAGCAGCGGGGAGCUGCAGCAAAAACUGC